UCUUUGACCCAUGGAGAAAAAGCAGGCCGAUCUCUUUACUUUAUAUUAAUUUUAUGUACAAAAUUAAAAUCUGGACAAUUGUUAAGUUUAUAUGUACCUAAAUGGAUUACAUGACGAAAUUUUCUAGUUUAAUGAAAAAAUAUACAUUAUAUAAAUACAUUAGGGACAUUUGAAUGGACUUUUAGUGAAUAACAUUUUGUUUUCAAUAUGAACCAUGAUCUUUUGGACUUAACAGCUUUAUUGUGUGUAUUCUUAAUCAAUGUAUCAUUAAUUCGUGCACUACACCCAGUAGACUAUGUAGCACCAGCGAACCCGUGCCGUCUAGAAGACCAGUUUUGCUCGGUUAAAUGUUCGAUACUCCAGCUGAAGGGAGAUAUAAAGUGUGAUUUUUGUGUGUGCAAGAACAAGACCGAUUAUGUUAGGUGGCAGACGACACAAGACCCAUUGGCUUCUACCGUGUCAGCUGGUCAAACUACGACACUUCCGCCGGAUGUUAUUGAAGUAAACAACAUCCGGUAUCACAAAAUCAGUGAUCCAUGCUUUUUGUCACGUGAUGGCGUUUGUCCAAUGAAAUGUACAGAAACAAAAUCGGUGAAAGCAGACGGGAGUAAAUGUACGAUGUGUGAUUGCAAAGGGGCGGCUGUUUUGAUUGGCUGAGAUGAGUGUUUGAUAAAAGGGAGAUAAAAGAACAAAUUUAUUGUUAUUGUGUAUGAUUAAUCAUUUAAUAACAUAUUGUUAGCAAUAAACUGGUAUAUAAUUA